CACACACUGUCUCAUUCUAUCUCUCUCUCUCUCUCUCUCUCUGGGUUGGUGGUUGGUUGGUUUGGCUAUAAAUUAAACCUCCGCCAGAAUGAUCUCUUUUUCCUCUCUCCUCCAUUUUUUCACACUCCUCUCUAUCUCUCUCUCUUGUUUUCUCUCCCGCCGGCCGCCUCUCCCGCCGGAUAUAUCCCACCUAUAUAAUCUUUGUCCCAUUCCUCGACAUAUAUAUCUCCAAGGUCAGCUCUCUCUCUCACACUCUAGAUCUCUGAUGAAAGAGCUUUAGAUCUACUGCAACCUUCACUCAUUGUUGACCUGCUUCAGCGAAACUGAUUCUUUCAAUUUGCACUUUUUUCGCUCCACGCCCUUUUGAGUUUUCGUGGAGAGUAUUCGUGUCGGAAGGCAUAGAAAAUUAUGGAUUGUGUCAAGGUUCUUCUUGAUGGUGGAAAGGGGGGAGUGGAAGGUGCAAAAGAGUCGGGGCUCAAGAACGUGAGUUCCCACUGCUCAAUAUCGGAGAUGGAUGAUUAUGAUCUCUUGAAGCUACUUGAGAAGCCUAGGUUAAACAUUGAGAGGCAGAGGUCGUUUGAUGAGAGAUCAUUGAGCGAGUUAUCAGUUGGUCUGUCGAGGGGAUUAGAUAAUUACGAGAGUGCGUACUCACCGGGGCGGUCAGCAUUGGAUACCCCCGCCUCAUCUGCUAGGAAUUCGUUCGAACCGCAUCCAAUGGUUGCGGAUGCUUGGGAAGCCCUCAGACGGUCAUUGGUACACUUUCGUGGUCAGCCAGUUGGCACGAUUGCUGCAUAUGAUCAUGCUUCUGAGGAGGUUUUGAAUUAUGAUCAGGUGUUUGUUCGAGAUUUUGUGCCAAGUGCGUUGGCCUUCUUGAUGAACGGGGAGCCGGAUAUCGUAAAGAACUUCUUAUUGAAGACUCUUCAACUUCAAGGAUGGGAAAAGAGAAUAGACCGAUUCAAGCUUGGCGAGGGUGCUAUGCCGGCUAGUUUCAAAGUACUUCACGAUCCUGUUCGCAAGACGGACACGAUAAUAGCAGAUUUUGGUGAAAGUGCUAUUGGAAGAGUGGCUCCAGUUGAUUCUGGUUUCUGGUGGAUCAUUCUCCUCCGUGCAUACACAAAAUCGACAGGGGACCUCUCUCUUGCUGAAACACCCGAGUGCCAGAAGGGGAUGAGACUUAUUCUGGCCUUGUGCCUGUCAGAAGGUUUUGACACGUUCCCGACUUUGCUGUGUGCUGAUGGUUGCUCAAUGAUCGAUCGUAGAAUGGGAAUCUAUGGCUACCCGAUUGAGAUCCAAGCGCUGUUCUUUAUGGCUUUGAGAUCUGCUCUGGCCAUGUUGAAGCACGAUGCAGAAGGCAAGGAGUUCAUCGAGAGAAUAGUGAAGCGUCUCCACGCCUUGAGUUAUCACAUGAGGAGUUACUUUUGGCUUGAUUUUCAACAAUUGAAUGACAUAUAUCGGUACAAGACCGAAGAAUACUCUCACACCGCUGUCAACAAAUUUAACGUGAUCCCUGAUUCGAUCCCGGACUGGGUGUUCGACUUCAUGCCAACGCGUGGUGGUUAUUUCAUUGGAAAUGUUAGUCCUGCGAGGAUGGAUUUUAGAUGGUUUGCUCUUGGUAAUUGUGUCGCCAUAUUGUCUUCCCUUGCCACUCCCGAGCAAGCUUCUGCUAUCAUGGACCUUUUUGAGGAGAGAUGGGAGGAGCUCGUUGGAGAAAUGCCCUUGAAGAUAUGUUAUCCGGCUAUUGAAAGUCAUGAGUGGCGGAUUGUGACCGGAUGUGAUCCAAAGAAUACGAGAUGGAGUUAUCACAACGGAGGUUCUUGGCCAGUGCUUCUAUGGAUGCUAACAGCGGCGUGCAUCAAAACCGGACGCCCACAAAUUGCAAGACGAGCAAUCGACCUUGCAGAGAGCCGCUUGCUGAAGGACAGCUGGCCGGAGUACUACGACGGGAAGCUGGGGAGAUACAUUGGGAAGCAAGCAAGAAAAUACCAGACAUGGUCCAUUGCCGGAUACCUCGUGGCAAAGAUGAUGCUCGAGGAUCCCUCGCACUUGGGCAUGAUCUCGCUCGAAGAGGACAAGCAGAUGAAGCCCGUCCUCAAGAGAUCCUCCUCGUGGACCUGCUGAGCGCGUUCGGGGUUAAGGCCAACACAUAAAGAGUUAGAGAGAUGUGAGCGUGAGGUGAGACGCCGUUUUGCUUUGUUGAGAACGGAACUAUAUUCUUUGGCGAUUUCUCUCCCCUUGUUUGUUUGUAGGCUUGGGUUCAAGAUUUACAGCUCUGCGUGUAAAUUAGUGUCUAGCAAGACAUUCAUCUCUUCCCUUUUUUCCCCCAAAUAAAGAAAGACAACUUGAUCA